ACCAAAAUAACACAACCUGACCAUAAUGGAGACACGAAAAGGAAAGUAAAUAUUCAGCAGACCUGAAAAGUGGGCAGCUGCCAAGUGACAUUAUUUGAAGGAUGUGAACAAGAACUGCUCUACAUAUUGGACAUGAAUAUUAAAUGUGGGAGUUUAUGUAGCACUUUUAUAAAGUUUAGUCUAUAGAAUGCUGUAUGUGUAGCAGCAGAAAACGGCAUGGCCCACUUCGAUACAGAGUACCAGCGCCUGGAGGCGUCCUACAGUGACUCGCCUCCAGGAGAGGAGAAUCUGUUGGUGCAUGUACCAGAGGGUUCGAAAUCUCACUGGCAUCACAUAGAAAACCUGGAUCUCUUUUUCCAGAGAGUUUAUAAUCUCCACCAGAAGAAUGGAUUUACUUGCAUGCUUUUGGGAGAAAUCUUUGAGCUUGUGCAAUUGGUUUUUGUGGUCACGUUUACAGUAUUUCUGGCCAACUGCGUUGACUAUGACAUCCUUUUUGCAAACAAAUUUUUCAAUCACACUGACUCUUCUAAGGUGACCCUUCCUGAUGCUUUUCUUCCAGUGGAUGUCUGUCGUUCUCGGAUCCGUGAUAAUAUCUUGGUUAUGUUCAUUCUUGUGAUAUCUGGAGUGUUCUGGCUCCAUCGCUUGGUAAAAUUUAUCUACAAUGUCUGCUGCUACUGGGAGAUCAGAUCAUUCUACAUCAAUGCUUUAAAAAUGUCAAUGGCGGACAUUCCUUAUUUCACCUGGCAGGAGGUGCAGGCACGAAUUAUUGAGAUCCAAAAAGAGCAUCAGAUCUGCAUUCACAAAAAAGAACUGACAGAACUAGACAUCUACCACCGCAUUCUGCGCUUUAAGAACUAUAUGGUUGCCAUGGUGAACAAAUCCUUGUUGCCCAUCCGUUUCCGUUUGCCUUUGCUGGCCGACUGCGUUUUUUACACCCGCGGCCUCAAGUACAACUUUGAGCUGAUCUUUUUCUGGGGUCCUGGCUCUCUCUUUGGGAAUGAAUGGAGUCUCAAAUCAGAAUACAAGCGUGGAGGAAAUCGUCUAGAGCUGGCAGAUCGCCUAAGCUCGAGGAUAUUGUGGAUCGGCAUUGCAAACCUGCUCUUGUGCCCUGUCAUUCUAAUCUGGCAGAUUCUUUAUGCAUUCUUCAGCUAUACAGAGGUGAUCAAGCGCGAGCCAGGCAGUCUGGGGGCGCGCUGCUGGUCUCUUUACGGCCGCUGUUACUUGCGUCACUUUAAUGAGCUUGACCAUGAGCUUAUGUCACGGCUUAGCAAGGGCUACAAGGCGUCAUCCAAGUAUAUGAACUGCUUCAUGUCACCUCUGCUCACGGUGGUGGCCAAGAAUGUAGCCUUUUUUGCUGGCUCCUUAUUAGCUGUGCUUAUUGCAUUGACCAUCUAUGAUGAGGAUGUGUUAGCUGUGGAGCAUGUGCUCAGCAGUAUCACACUCCUGGGGGUUUGCAUUACAAUCUGCAGGUCAUUUAUUCCUGACAAGCAUAUGGUGUUUUGCCCAGAACAGCUGCUCAAAGUGAUUCUAGCACACAUUCACUACAUGCCGGACCACUGGCAAGGCAAUGCCCAUCGCUAUGAGACCAGAGACGAGUUUUCCCAGCUAUUCCAAUAUAAAGCAGUAUUUAUUCUAGAGGAGCUACUCAGCCCUGUCAUCACUCCAUUCAUCCUAAUUUUCUGUCUACGCCGCAAAUCUCUCGAGAUCAUCGACUUUUUCCGGAAUUUCACUGUUGAGGUGGUGGGAGUGGGUGAUACCUGCUCUUUUGCACAGAUGGACGUCCGUCAACAUGGACAUCCGGCUUGGAUGUCUGCUGGGAAAACUGAAGCCUCAAUCUACCAGCAGGCAGAGGAUGGAAAGACAGAGCUGUCCCUUAUGCACUUUGCCAUCACUAAUCCACAAUGGCAGCCACCGCGAGAGAGCACCCAUUUUAUCAGCCAGCUAAAAGAGAAAGUGCACCGUGAGACCACUGCAGGACAACAAGGGAAUGUACCAGAGAAUCUCACUUCUUUACAGUCUGAGUCUGAGCCCCGAAGUCUCGUCGCAAACCUCCUGGCUGGCCCGCCGUCCUUGGCCUCAAUCCACCUGGGUCGAGAUGGUUCCAUAAUCAAUCACUUUUCAAUGGGAAUGAGCGAGGGUGCAUCAGCUCUGCGGUCUCUCUCCCCUCUCAGCACAAGCGUGCAUCUGCGAGCCAGUUACCCAUCCACCAGGCUGCCCCGACCGGAUCACCCUGCAGUGGCGGCAGGCAGAGCUAUGGCAGGCUCAAACACCGAUGCCCGCACUGUCAGUUCUGGCAGCAGUGCUUGGGAAGGUCAGCUAACCAGCAUGGUCCUAUCAGAGUAUGCCUCCACUGAGAUGAGCAUUCAUGCCCUCUACAUGCAUGAGAUGCACAAGCAGCAGUCUCGCGGUGAGAUCUCGCGCCACACAUGGCACAGGGAGGAAAGCGAUGAGAGCAGUGAAGAUGUUCAUGAUGACACAGAGACAACGCGCAACCUGCCACGCUCUAACACCUUCCCCAUCAACACAACUGCCAACCAACAAGGGACAGCACUCCACAGCAGUAUGCAGCGCCAGUACGGGGGAACUACUGAUUCCCUAAGCGGGGGCCAUCGGGUUCAGAGGAUGGCACGGAUGCCAAUGGGUGGUUGGGCAGAGGCACCUGUACCAGAGGAGGGUUCUGAAGAUGAUCUACCACCACAUGUUCAUAAGGUGACAUAAUCUUCCAGCUGGGACGACCUUCAAAGGACUUGGAAGAAGAAAAAAAAUAAUAUAAUAAUAUUUAUUCACUCUGACAGCGCUGAAGUUUAAACUGCAUGUUACCAUGCAACAUCUACAUUUACCAUUUAAACAGAUUUUUUUAUAUAUAUAUAUGCAGUGUGUUUUUAAUUAUGGUAAUGCAUUAGGUAAGAAAAAUCAUAAUCAUUAUUUAUACAUCUACAGUACCACAGUGAGUUCAAAUUUAGUCUGGUCACAGUUGGAUAAGUUGCUUGCCUAAUACAGCUUAAAAAAAGUUUUUGAUUUGUUUUAUCUAGGUGACUCGGACCUCUGAGGUAUGAACAUGUCAAACAAACUCUGACUCUUCUAAAUGGCCCCAAAAACAUACCGAACUUAAACCACCUACUGAGAAGGUUUAGUUCGUUUGAGGUUCGUUUUGUGGUCCAUUUGAUUUGCGCAUUGUAAAAACAAAGCAAUCUGCUCUGGUCUGCUUCACAUGAAAAAUAAGCAACAUGAAAAGAAUUUUACAGCAACAUUAAAGGUGGCCAUUUGAAACAUGCUAUCACAUAGCUGGACUUCUACAUUAGGCGUGGUGUAAACAAAAAGUGGUUUGAGAUCUCAUUAGUGCUAAAGAGGACAGAUAACUUAGUCCUCUUUUAAGUUUACUAACAACAUGAACACAAAAAUCACGAAGGUCAUUUGCAGCUGUGUUUGUUUCAUUUACACAGAACAUGAAAAAACACCCUUAAAUUGCACUGAUGUGAGUUUAUUUCAGAUAAAUGGAAAUGACAAAACCUAGAAACUGAGAUACUUCAGAACUAAAGAUUCCAACAAUGAAAAUGGAAUGCUUAAGAUUCGGUUUAAUUAGAAAGUAAUCUCCAGUUUAAAAUAAAAUAAACAGUAAAGUUCUCUUUUAGUGCAGAUUCUAAAAGUAUUGCUGCAUGGUGCUGGGUGAUCCUGCAUCCUGACGUGCAUGUUAAUCACCUUCCUGUUUGCACAUUUAAAAUAAGAAUGCACUUUAGGAUUUUUUUAAUCCAAAGGCUAUUUCUCUCAGUUUGUCUUCACAAGUGUUUCAUACAUGUUUUAUUUUCUUCCUGUGAGUAAUAAAAACAGUGGGAUAUUUGUAUCCACCGUUAAGAAAAACAGGAACCACAAGAGCUUAAGCAUAGAUGUACAAUAUUAUAGAAUGUACUUGUUUUUAUGGUUGGUUUUUUUAUUGAAUCUACUCCCAUUUUUUAGUGCUUGGUAACAGUUUUUACAUUUUCAUGUCCUAUUAAAAACAUCACCAUGAUGAUUUCUGUAACCAUUACCAUGUUUUCUGUACAAUAAUGUAUAAAGGACCGGCUGACAUUAAGUGUGAUUUCAUAGAAUUCAGCUCAGCUGCUGCAUGAUCUGACCUCUCUACCACUGUACACAUUAAAUUAUUUUACCAGGUAGGCUGAAGAAAGACGUUUAUGAUGUAAUCUAUGCUCUAUUUUGUUGGUUGUGUCAGUGUAUAAUGUAAAUUUUGUACAGCUGUAAAGUCAUUAGAAUGUGUUUAAUAAUUUGCACACUUAAAGCAGUCCUUGUGUACUUAAUUAUAUAUUUAUUUUGCUUAUAAAUAUAAGGAUUUCAAUAAAACCAGAGGAAAAAAGAUGA